AUGGAAUCUCUUCAAGAAAUAUCGCAAUAUUUAAAUCCAAAUACGCGAUUAGAUUUAAAAGCUACUGCUUUAGAACAUAUUCUCAGUAUAACAGGCACCAUUGAAGGACGAGAAUUGUUAUUAAAACUUCCAGAUUUAUUAGUACAAUUAAUUGCCUUGACUCAAGACUUUUCCACUGCAAUCUCAAAAGAUGCAAUUCUAGCUUUGAUAAACAUAACUGCAGAUGAACUAGGAACAAAUGCAUUUUUAUUAAUUUCAGAAACUCAACCAAAGAAUGAAAAAUAUAAUUACAAUUUAAUUCAUGUUUGUAUUAGAUUUAUAAUGAACAAAGAAAGUAUUUUAGCAGAUCCUUGUUGUAUGAUUCUUUCCAAUAUGACCAGACCAUUGCAUUUAGUGGAUAGAAUUAUAACACUUUUUGAAAAUAGUGAUUAUACUUGGGACAGUAUUGUAGCAGCAUUUACUGCUAAACAAUAUAAUAAUGUUGGUGCCAAACUUCAUUAUUUAGGACCUGUUUUCAGCAAUCUUAGUCAAUCUCCACGUGUAAGGAGGUACUUAAUGGACAGAGAUCGUAAUGUCAUUCAGAGACUACUUCCUUUCACAGAAUAUGCAGAUAGUAUAAUAAGGCGGGGUGGAAUUAUUGGCACCUUGAAAAACUGUUGUUUUGAUGUAGAAAAUCAUGAAUGGUUGUUAAGUCCUGAAGUAGAUAUUUUAUCAUAUCUUUUAUUACCUUUGGCUGGACCAGAAGAAUUUGACGAUGAUGAUAAUGAUAAAUUGCCAGUUAGUUUGCAAUACUUACCAGAAACAAAGCAAAGAGAGCCAGAUUUGGAUAUUAGGAUUAUGUUACUGGAAGCUUUAGCUCAACUAUGUGCAACAAAAAGAGGCCGAGAAAUAUUGAGAGCACAAAAUACAUACAUCAUACUCAGAGAAUAUCAUAAAUGGGAGCAAAAUAAAAAUGCAUUGUUAAGUUGUGAAAAUGUUGUAGAUAUUUUGAUUAGAACCGAAGAAGAAAUAGGUUUGGAUAAUCUAAAAAAUAUAGAGGUUCCAAUAGAAUACUCGGAGAAAUUUUAUAAAAUGGAUCAAGACUUUAUUAAUAGUACAUGAUGAUAUUAUUGGUACAAUAAUACGAAUUAUUUCAUAUACAUUUCACAAAAUGUACAUAUUAUAAAUAUAAAAUAACAAUUUAUCUCGUGAAAAACGAGA